UCCUUCAGCUCUACCCUUCCCGCUCCCGCUCUCGCACAUACAUAAGGAGCACCCGGGGCCCCAGAUCUUCCCCUUUCCUCACCAGCCUCUUCUCCUUCGUCGGGCUCCUCAACAACUCCUCUCCUCCUCGCCUCACCCCGCCUUCGCCCACCAUGCUCGGCAAGAAUGAGGACCGCGUCACGCCCAAGGAGGUGUACAACUUCAAGAUCUGGGUCAUGGCGACCAUCGCCGCCUUCGGCUCGCUCAUGAUCGGAUACGACUCGUCGUUCGUCGGCGGCGCCCUCGCCCUGCCCUCGUUCACGCACGAGUUCGGCAAGCUCAACCCCACGACGAGCGCCAACCUCGUGUCGACCUACCAGGCCGGCGCCUUCUUCGGCGCCUUCUGCGGCUACCCGCUCGGCUACUUCCUCGGCCGCAAGUGGGGCAUCGCCGUGUGCGGCUUCGUCUUCACCGUCGGCUCCAUCAUCAUGGUCAUUGCCAACUCCUCGACGGGCCUCGGCCCCAUCUACGGCGGCCGCGCCAUUGCCGGUCUCGCCAUCGGCGCCGCCUCGAACCUCGCUCCCACGUACAUCUCCGAGAUCGCUCCCAGCGCCAUCCGCGGUGCCCUCGUCGGCAUGUGGGAGGUCGGAUGGCAGGUCGGCGGCAUCUGCGGCUUCUGGGUCAACUACGGCGUCAAGCAGCACGAGAGUGACACGGGCUCGGCGCAGUGGCUCAUUCCCUUUGGCCUCCAGCUCGUGCCCGGCGCCAUGCUCUUCAUCGGCUCCUUCUUCCUCAUCGAGUCGCCGCGCUGGCUGCUGACGCGCGACCGCCGCGACGACGCCUCGCGCAACCUCUGCAAGCUGCGCAACCUCGACCCCUCGCACCCCUACGUCAUGGACGAGAUGGCGCUCUUCGAGGAGACGCUCGCCCGUGAGCGCCGCGAGGUCGGCCGCACCUUCUGGGGCCCCAUCAAGUUCGCCUUCACGUCGCGCACCAUGCUCAAGCGCCUCGCACUCGCCUCGUCGAUGUUCAUCGUGCAGAACGCGUCCGGCAUCAACUCGAUCAACUACUACUCGCCCACCAUCUUCCGCGCCAUCGGCAUCACCGGCACGUCCACCGCGCUCCUCACCACGGGUGUGUUCGGCGUCAUCAAGACGCUCGGCGCCAUCAUCUGGAUCGCGAUCCUCAUCGAGCGCCUCGGUCGCCGCAAGAUCAUGAUGUUCGGUGCCGCCGGCUGCUCGGCCUUCAUGAUCUGGAUCGGUGUCUACGUCGCCGUCGCCGCCAACCGCGCGCCCGUCGCCGGCGCCACGCUUUCCGCCGGCGGCCGCUCCGCCGUCGCCGCCUUCUACCUCUGGACGAUCGUGUACGGCUCCACGCUCAACGGCACGCCGUGGGUCAUCGGCGCCGAGAUCUUCCCGCAGUCCUCGCGCCCCGUCGGCAUGGCCAUCGUCGCCGCCUCCAACUGGCUCUACAACCUCGCCAUCUCGCUCGGCACGCCGCACGCCUUUGCCUGGUCGCGCUUCGGCCUCUUCCUCAUCUUCGCCGGCCUGUCUGCCAUCGCCGUUCCCUACAUCUACUUCGUGCUACCGGAGACCGCCGGCGUGCCCCUUGAUCGCAUGUCCGACCUUUUCUCGUCAAAGAACGGGCCUAUUAGACACCGGCACGGCAAGGUCAUGGCCAUGGCUCGCGCCGAGCACGACGGCACGGCCAACAACGGCCACGUGCUUCCCCACGCCGGCAGCGAGGGCGACUCGACGCCCGAGAAGCGCUCGACCGACCUCGAGACCGGCGACGCUGCGCUCAGCAAGUAAACUUGCACGAACAGCCUGCCAGGCGACCCCCUUCUCCUCCUCCCCCUUGCACGCGUUCCGCUCUCACUCUUCCCGGGCUCCCACCACGUCACGUUACCUGCACUGCUCCUGAUGUACCCCUAGCACUGUGCCACAGCUGCAACGACAAUUCUGCCACA